UCGUACGGGAUCUUCCGAGAUCUGGCUGGCUGUCAUCUCUCACAUUCACCCCAUACGACCCACGCGUAACGAGGUCCUUGCAAUGUGACAUGAGCCCCUAUUCUGUAUCCUAUCAUCUCGUAAUGGGUGCGUGUAUGCGACCCCUUGUAGCUGUCAACAUUCUGGACCGCAUUGGGAACAUCUUAAUCGUAUUCGGAUCUGGCACAAAGCUGCAUGUAAUAGGUAAACGAGGCAGCUAACCGGCGUUAUAGGUUUGUUGACAAGGAUGCUUGUAACUUAGUACCAUCACGAGAUUAAAUUUUAUUCCCUUGUUCCAGCGCCUCGGCUUCUGGAAUUCGUCCCCGCAAACAUGGCGAUGGGAGAAAUGGAUAAGAACCAUGCCCAUUCCCGCGCCUCGGAAAACAGAGCCUCACCUGUCGCGCGGUGCCUCUGGUCUGUACCAUUCAUUCGCUUAUACACUCGGCACAUUCCGACGGCCUUUAGUGGUGACUUGUCAGAUAGUAGCGGUUCACGAUGGCGCGUUCGAUCUUCAAUAGAGCUAUGCUCGGGGCUGCUGCCCUUGUUGCAUCUGUUGCCGCUCAGAGUACUUGCGAGACAGUCGAGAAAACCACUGCUAUCGCUGUGUUGAAGCCAGCAUCCGUGGAAUAUACUACUGAGCAAACACACUACUGGUCCACGUUCUCGGGUGACCUAAAGCCGACAUGCAUUCUCGAGCCCGAGUCGCCGGAGGAGGUCGCUGCUAUCCUUUCUAUUCUUCGCCAAAACAACGAGACCUUCGCGGUUAAAUCAGGUGGCCACAACCCGAACAACUACUUCGCUAGUGUUGAUGGAGGCCCACUAAUCUCAACCAAGAGACUUAACGAGAUCAUCUUUGACGCUGCCACCGAAACGGCCAGAGUUGGACCCGGAAACCGAUGGGAUGAAGUAGGAGAACAUCUUGAUGCGACUGGCUACACUGCCGUUGGCGGUCGAAUUGGAAAUGUUGGUGUUGGAGGUUAUCUGCUCGGAAAUGGACUGAGCUUCAUGAGUACUGAGUAUGGUUGGGCUGCUAACUCAGUUCUUGAGUACACGGUGGUAUUGGCGAACUCUUCGAUCGUCACGGUCAGCAACACCAGCCACCCUGAUCUCUACAUGGUACUCAAAGGUGGUGGCAACAACUUCGGCAUCGUGACAUCGUACUUGCUCCGGGUUUAUGCCCAGGGUGACGUUUGGGGCGGCAACCUCGAGUUUGAUGCGACACCUGAGAACAAUGCUGCCCUUUUGACUGCGCUACGCAACUUCACUGAGAACUACCCAGAUGAGAAAGCGGGCAUCAUUAUGACGGCAGAGCGCACCUUGGCCACUUUACUCGAUAUCUGGGUCAUAUUUUUGUACUACAACGGACCUGAACCACCACAAGGCGUAUUCGACAGUUUCCUUGCCAUUGGUCCCACUGUCAACAAUUGCAAGACCCGACGCUACUCGGAACUUCUUAGUAACAACAAUUGGGCUGUCGUAAAGGGAAGCGUAUACACUAUCGGAACCGAAACCAUGCCGCUUCCCAGCAAGGAGGAUGGCCCGGAGGUUAUGCAGAACAUCUUCGACCACUGGGUGAAUGUCAGCAACACGGCCCAAGAAGUUUCAGGUCUUAUCGCCAGUAUUGCCUUCCAACCCAUGCCUAAGAGAAUUGCGUCGCUCGCCAAGUCCAAGGGUGGAGAUCUGCUGGAUCUUGAUGACAGCAUUGACCGUAUCGUUGUCGAACUCGACUAUAGCUUCUUGUUCAAGACCGAUUAUGACAAGAUCGAUAUAACGAUGAGCGCUACAUACGACGGCAUCCAAAGUCUCGUUAAGGGAUAUCAAGAGAGCAGCACGCUCCCUUCGGAUGUAUACCUACCCCUCUUCAUGAAUGAUUGCUUCUACCCGCAAGACUACUUCGGUAGAUUGAGACCCGAGAAACUGCAGCUUGCUCAAAAGGUUCAGGCUGAGGUUGACCCCAAUGGGUUCUUCAAGGAGAGGACUGGCGGAUUCAAGAUACCCGCUGCGUAAUGGCGCUGUUGAUAAUACAACAUAUACCUAAUGAAUAAUCCAUACUCACACACAUACUUAGUAAUGUAAUCACGAUAUUUUAUUUGUUCCAUAUUGAAUUGGAUGCUGGCGCAUUGAUCCCAAUGAAGUGACACUGAUUGAUGAAUAUUUUAAGAGGGAUAAAAUAGAAUUGAGUGACCAAGUUUCUUAACGCUAAUACUUAGACGGGAUUAGUGCGGGGCCAUAGCCUAACCGUCGCCU